AUGAAAUUCCAACGCAUCCUCGUGACUACAGGCUGUCUUGUGUACGCGCCGUCAGCACAAGCCUUCCACGACCAGGUCGUUCUCGAGGAUACGGUCGCCUCCUUGCAAGUGCCAAAGAAUGUCGCUAUCAUUGGCGCUGGAAGUGCAGGCUCAUCUACUGCCUAUUUCCUGCAGCGAUACAGUCAAGAGCGAGGUAUCCCCUUGAAUAUUACCGUUUACGAGCGUGAUGGCCAUAUUGGUGGUCGUUCAACAACUGUCGGUGUAUAUGGAGAUGAUCAAAACCCUGUCGAGCUCGGUGCAUCUAUCUUUGUCGAGGUAAAUCACAAUCUAGUCGAUGCUGCUAAAGAGUUCAACCUCUCGACCUCCGGCAUUCGCGAGCUUAGCGCAGAAGGUCCAGUAUUGGGCAUAUGGAACGGAAGAGAGUUUGUUUAUACACAGUCUUCUGGAGGGAGCUGGUGGGAUACCGCAAGACUCUUCUGGAAGUACGGCCUCGCGCCCGUCAAAACCGUGAGACUGAUGAAAGCUACCGUCGGAAAGUUCCUCAAGAUGUACGAAGAGCCAUAUUUCCCCUGGGAGUCGCUGUCACAAGUAGCCUAUGAUCUUGGCCUUACUACUGCUACUGCCUCCACUGGUGAACAGUUUCUGGAUCAAAAUGGAAUCGGCAAGCUGUUCGCCCAGGAUAUCAUACAAGCGAGCACAAGAGUGAACUAUGCUCAAAACCUGCCUUUGGUACACGGACUGGAAGCAAUGGUCUGCAUGGCGACUGACGGGGCACAAGCAAUCGAAGGAGGCAACUGGCAAAUAUUCUCGAAUAUGCUCGAGGCGUCUUAUGCGACCGUCCAUCUCAACCGCACUGUUGAUAAGGUCGAGAAACUCCGGGACGGUGCAUUCAUCCUAUCGACGAAACAAACAGGUUCGUCUGCAACACUUUACCAUCAGAAGUUCGAUGAGGUCGUCCUGGCAGGACCAUAUCAAUACUCGGACAUCAAUUUUGAUCCGAAGCCUCGUCAUGUGCCAGACCCAAUUCCGUAUGUACAGUUGCAUGUCACACUGUUCACAUCAAAGCACAAGCUCUCGCCACUAGCCUUCAACCUUUCGCCAGAUGAUCUGGUCCCUCAAGUGGUUCUAACCACUCUGCCUGAAGGCGAACAUUAUGGCAGUAACCCAAAAGGAGUGGGAUCGCCCGGAUUCUUCAGCAUUUCGCUUUUGCGUCCUAGCAUGGACACACGUGGAGGCAAAGACGAGCUUGAAUAUUUGUACAAGAUCUUUUCGCCUAGUCCUCUCAACGCGACAUUCAUGGCCAACAUACUUGGGCUGCCUGAACCCGAGGCAAUCAGCAGAGACGAUGUCAGCUGGAUGUACCGAAAGGUGUGGAACAGUUAUCCAUACGAGUAUCCGAGAGUGACGUUUGAAGAACUGCAGUUGGAUGAGGGAUUAUGGUACACCUCAGGUAUCGAGAGCUUCAUAAGCACGAUGGAGACAAGCAGUCUGAUGGGAAAGAAUAUUGCCAAGUUGAUGGUAAAUUCCUGGGAAAGUCAGAACUCUGGCAGAACCAUGUAG